UAUGUUUUGUAUUGAUACAGUUUUUCAGGAGCUUGUUUAGAUGGUACUUUGAAAACAUGGAGUUGUCAAAGGAAGGUAUAAAAUUUACAGACGAGACCCUGGAUGUUGGUCUGUGUUCUCCUUUAGAUGGGCAAGAAGAGGGCGAGCCUGAUGUGUACCUUGUGGAGCCCAGUGAAAAGUGUGGGGUGCAAGCAGUUGACAUAAAUGUCUUUCUCGGGGAGAGCAAGAGCAGUCACAGAGAACAAGAUUCUCAGUGGUUCCUGCUUAGUCCAGAGAAGCUGGAGGAAGUCAUGAAGGAAGCCAAUAUACUGGCUUCUCAACUGGAGAGAUGUCAGCUGAGAGAGAAUGGGAAUGGCAGCUGCUUUGAGAUAGGGCUUGAGACGCUCCCCGAAUUUGAGCCUUUGUCACCAAUCAAGCUUUUGCACGAGGAGAGGCCAAGCUUCAGGAAAACAAGACGGAAAACAUUUGAUGUGAAAAAUAGCCCUCUGAAGGCACUGCUGCCAAUGGUAGGCCCUGAAACCUGUUUGGCUCAUGAUUCCCUCAAAGGUCCUCCCAAGCAGGGAGGCCAGGCUUCCUGCAGCAUGGGUUUGCCUAGUACCAAGAAACUCCAAAAUAAAUCUAAGACCUACAGUGCUGAGGAUCAGCUGUCAAAAAAGUCUGGAGCCAGACAGUCAUUCAAGGCCUCAACAGUGAUGAAAUCUGGCACUAAGAAGGUUCAAGCAACCAAUAGGAGCAGCAGGAAAGACAAACUGCCUCCACUCUCCUUCUGUGAUGGCGCACAACAUCAGCAGUCUCAAAUGCAUUUGAAGCCCCUUCCUCGAACCAACCGGAAAACAGAAGGAACUGGUGGCAAAGAUGGUCCUUUUGAAGAGCCACAGGCAUUCUCUGUUGCAUGUGUGAAAGGAAAACCAGAUCCCAGGCUUUUUCCACCGGAGACUAAAUCUCUGAAGAAAUCCCUUGUUGCUCCAGAAAAGGCAGUGCCUCUCCAGAAAGCAAAUGCUAAUCAUUCUAAAACCAUGAGAGGUGAUAGCCCCCAGUUGCAACCUAACUCCAAGCCUCAUAGAGGCUCCUGUCGGAUUCAAAGCAGUCGUUCUGUCACAUCUCCACUUGCAAGUCGACUCCCCAUCCUAAAAGCAACCAGCCGCCCAACACAUUUAGGCAGGCAUGCUGAGGCAGUUUCAGGGAGGCCCAGCCAGCUCCAGCAGUUGAAUUUGGGAGUGCCUGGUGGGACAGGAUCUGUAAUGCCAAUACCUGCUAGGAAGAAAGCUUCUGCAUUUCAGCAGACAGCCCCAUCUGGCCUUUCCCAAAACAGCAGGUUGCGGCUACGAAAGAAAACAACAUCUGAGAAUUCAAGCUAACAAUUCAUCACUACGCUCCUUGGGGAAGACACCACAAACUUUUGAUAAUCAGAAACUUCUUUCUUCUGAAGUUAAACCAGGGCCAUCCUUGCUUCUGUCAGAGGAAACUCAUGUUACCACUUCACAGAGGAUAACAACAGGGUUUCUGCUGUGGCCCUCCACCAUCGUUCCUAUGCCCUGGGUCGUGCUUACAGGAAACAGAUCUGGGACCCAUUUGCUCUUCUUUGCCACUAUAUUACUGAGUGCCUCAUGGUUUAUAGAUCAGACUGACAUGGCUGGAAGCGCUCUUGAAUUGUAGCCUCAGUAGCUGAGUCCAGCACAGACUCACUGAGACUUUGCUGACUAUUUCCUGUUACUUUACAGCAGGCUAGGGGAUCUUUGCCUCUCUGGCUCUUUUGGCCAUUAUCUCUUCUCAGCAUAGCCAUUGCUAUGGGAUUGUAGUACGAAUAUCAGGAUGGUCAAAGUUUCUGUAUUCGUUUACCAGCAUAAGACAAUCAUGGUCAACCUGAUGCUUUCUCAAUGUAUGUUAGACUAAAGCUCUCUCUCAGGCAUCCCCAGGCAGCAUUGUCCAAUGCUUUUGGAGGCUGUGAGUGGGGGAAGGCUGGCUUAAAAACUUUGUUAAAGCAAAGCAGUGUUGAUGUGGAUCAAUGCUAUAUCUAGUCUUCAAAAAGGCACACAACUGCUGUAUACAGAGCUGUAUAGAAGUAUUACAUUUGUAUUAUGAUGUUACUGGAAAACAUGUAUAUUAAUUAGGAAUGCCAUUGUGUAAAAGAACACUACCUACAAGCAAUAAAUUUCACUAAUUAUGUGGUAGACUGUUGGGAGUGAGGUUUAUUCUUUCUUUUGGCUAGGUUUGGUGUGUGUUACCAGUAAGGCAGCCCUUGUUUUUAAUUUUUAUGUAAAAAGGCGGACAGCUUUUUUCAAACUAUUAUGGGAAGCUAUUUCAAACCCUUCAUGAUGACAUACUUGUACCCUGCUUCCUUUUUCCAAGUGUCUAUAAAACACUGUCCUAAAUCUUUAAACCUAGUAGAUUAUGUUUUCUAAAGAUUAUGGUCUGUUAACUGCAUUUUGGUUCAAAAAGAAACAUGUAUCAUGCCAGUUGAAGAUAGAUGCCAAAAUAUGAAAAUAAAGAAGGCUACUAUGUAUGUGUCUCUUCCACUACCACCCAUCCAGUCAGCCUCUUGUAUUGUUAAGUUACAUGAGGGAGAAAUUUAAGCAGAAGCAGCUUCAUUUGUUCUAUUUUGCAGCUGCUGAAAACACAGAAGAUUUACCACCUCCCAAACAGAUCACACAAUUCCAAAUACUACUUCCACUUCCCCAAAUCAUUCAUACUUUUAAUUAUUCUUUCCAUCUUUCUCGAUUGUGUUCUUUCUUAAAAUAUUGGGGGAGGAGGAGGUGGAAAAA